CAAGUGUUUCCGCGGCAAAACCUGGCGCAUGCGUAUACGUUAUUCAGUUCUGUCAGGUUACGAUGUUUCUGAAUUUGUUAAUGGCGAUCGAAUUAAGGCUUCUUUUAGAGGUUUAAGAUCUGAUCAUUUUACUUUUGUAGUCACCUUCUAUGGUGGGAACAAGACUCAUAUUUCGGUCUUUAGUAAUUCGUCUGGCUGAAUGGAUUCAAUCUUUAGUGACUGCAAAUAUCCUGCAAUCGGAAAGUCAUUCUGACGACUUCGAACUCACGUGGGCAAUGGCUGAACCAGCGCUCAUGUGGGUGAAGGAGAAUCUUUUACUAACCACUAUGAUUGAUCUCAAGACAAUCAAUUAGCCUGAAAGAACCUAUGUCUCUUCGUCUGGGGAAGAUAGUAACGAAUUGCCGAGAGUUUGAGAACGAAGUAACGUGAAAACUGGAAAACAAGGCUGGGGCUGGGGAGCGAUAAUCAAAGGAAGAAAAACCAUCUCUUGUCGUGUCCUCGCCUCCUACGAGAAAGCGUUGGAAAAUUUUGGAUUUUUUCUUGCGCGAAGAGCGACAGUUAUAUUCCUAGUAUGGCUCAUACUAGCUUUUGGAAGUUGCAUGGGAUUUAUUCGCCUCCGUAUCGGACACGACUCUUUGGAUCGUUUUACUGCCGCCGACAGCCAAUCCAGGCAAGAUCUACGUCGUUCAGCACGAUUCUUUCCAGUUCUGGAUGCUCGUCAAGAGCAGGUUAUCAUAACCCCUUCACGCGGUCAGAAUAUUUUGAGUGCAGUUUGUUUAGACGAUGCAGUUCUUCUGCACCGGGCCGUAGUGAACAUCAUUGGUUACAAAGAAUUGUGUUUCAAGCAAAUCCCUUCUAGCAAAGGGGGAAACAUUCCCAAUCAAGAGUGUGUUAUCAGUAGUCCUUUUGAACUAACUGGUGGGCGCUUUGAAAACCUAAGCGACUUUUUGUCCAUUCUCCACCGUGAGCUGAAACACCCCACCACAGUUCUAUCCACUGGACAAACGUUUAAUUCUUCGUCCGAACAGAUUUUUAGUAACCUAAGGUUUAAAUCAAACACAGCCUCGUUAAGUGCUGAGGCAGACGCUCUGAGAAUCAUUUACUAUGUCAAGAAGACAACCAGUGAUGUGGAAGAUCAGAGAGUCUUAACUUUUGAAGCAACGUUUGCGAGUGUCCUCUUGUCCUUGGAAAAGAGCCUAAAAUGCGCUUCAAUUACCUUCAAAACUGCAAACACAAGAGAUGAAACCUUGAAAGACAUACUCAAUCCGCAACUUCUACCAUUGUUCUAGUCUACUGUGAUAUUGGCAACUCUUGUCAUCACUGUCAUAUAUCUUUCUUCUGACACUCUGAGCUGCGUGGCAACGGUAAUCCUGAUGAUUUCGGGUAUUAUCUUGCCCCUAAUUUGCACAGCAGGCAUCAUUUCUUUGACAUACACCACAUUUUUCCCGUCCUCGUUGUUUAUUCCCUUUCUGCUAUUUGGGAAAGCAACUUCAGAUGUAGUUCUCAUCCUAAGAGAGUGGGAGCGACAUCGUGUGCCAUCACUUGAACAUCGCGUCAGUAGCUGUGUAACAAGAACAGGUUUUCUCUCUGCAUCUUCGGCAUUAUGUGGAGCCUCCAUACUGAUAGUCGCAAUCAAAUCCUCCUUUGAUGUCAUUUCCAGUUCCUUCGUGAUGACUGCUAUAGCGUUUAUAGUUUUCUCAAUUGCCUCGUUCAUAGGAACAGUAACUUUAUUAAUAUGCUUUGAAAGUAGAGUGAAGGAACUAAAAACGUCAUGUUUGUGGUGCCGAAGUACGAGGUCAACGUUGCCAUACCAAGGAGACUUCCGAAAGAAAUCCGCACAAAGGCUGCAAAAUUUUGCAAAACAACUGGCCAAGAAAUUGACGUCAAAAGGUGGUAAAGUUCUAGCGCUUGCCAUAACUGCUGGUAUCGUUAUUAUGUGUGUCGGAUGCGCUUUACACCCUUUCGAAAGAACGAAAAGCAUCGAUUCACUCCACCAAAAUCACAAUUCAAAGAAAUUUGCAGAAGAACAAAGACAGUUUUUUGGCAAAGAAACUGACAUAAGCAUCGUUGUUCCUGAUGAAGUGGAGUACUCCAAGAAUAGCUUACAAACGGAAAUUACUAGCAUGUGUAAAAUGCUAGGAGAGGCCUCUUACAGUGAAGGGAUACCUCAAUGCUGGAUGACAGCCUUACUCCAAUGGGCGAAGACUCAACAUAGGAACUGCUCGGAUUUUGAUUUCUACAGCUGUUUAGAAGCUUUCCUUGAUGAAGUCCACGGCACUUAUUUUCGUCAGGAUUUGGUUUUGAGAAAUGAAAUACUCAACCCUCGAAUUUUGGCAUCCCGUGUUCAUCUACAGAUAGAGCUGCAUGAUCGAUAUCGUGAGGACAGAAGAGUUCUUGAGAAACUGAGAGAAGAUUUGGCAACGCAGUCCUCCCUAAAUCUCAUCGCAUACUCAGAGAAAUUUCUGGAUCUUGAUGACAUGUUUUUGUUAGAGAAAGACACUAUCCUUCUACUUAGCAUUUCAAUUGCCCUGACAUACAUCAUUUCUACGCUCUCGAGUACAAGUUCCAGAAUUGGUUUCCUCCUGGCUAUAACAUUCGGCGUUCUCUUGCUAGAAACUGCCGCCCUCAUGGCUCUUUGGACGAUUUUUCUCAAUCAAAUCUCAUUUAUUGUACUCAUGGUCACCGUUGUUCUGUCUUUGGGUUUCAAUUUUCAAAUAGCCCAUGCGUUUGUAUUCUCAGAAAAACAAGCCAUACGAGAUCGAAUGAUUGAAUCUUUCAGCUCCAUUUGGUAUCCUGUGUUAGUUUCAGUCCUUAUUGCAGGAUCUGGAUCUGUGUCAUUGGGGUUCAUUUAUCCAGGUCUAUCGGAGAUUUUUCUACAAGUUGUCCCCGUGGUCUUGGUCCUGGGACUGAUGCACGCCUUCAUUAUUUUGCCACCACUCAUAGUCCUAUUUCUCCAUUUCCUGGAUGACGUAAUUUAUCAGAAUAGCUAUAAUGUCCUGCCUGAAAAAAGAAGCAAAGUAGAUGGUAUAUCCUUGCAUUCACUUGACGAUCGUGCAAAGCAAAACAACUGUAAACGUCCUGGCAUUUCCAUCGUUGGUAUCGGUUGCAGAUUUCCUGGAGCAAGCAAUAAGGAUCAAUUUUGGAUUUUGCUAGAGCAAGGAAAAAGUUCGAUUGAUGCAUUUCCUCGAAACAGAACGGAAGAGUAUAAUGCAUUCGCUAAACUCUAUCACCCCAAACGCUUUGUCAGUGGACGCCUUUGUGCUGUGAGGGGCUCUUACCUGGAGGAAAUACAGAACUUUGAUAACAAAUUCUUUGGUAUUUCAAAUCAAGAGGCUCGUGGAAUGGAUCCUCAGCAAAGGAUACUUCUUCAAGUGGUGUACGAGGCUAUUGAAGAUGCUGGAAUGCUCCUGGAAGACCUUCAGCGGUGUAAAACUGGAGUCUUCGUCGGUGUAAUGAAUCUCGAAUAUAGUUCGCUUAUAACAGACUCAUCAAACUAUAGAAAUAUUGACCAGUUUUCAUCGACAGGUAUAACUGCAUCAAUUAUUGCCAACAGAGUAUCUUUCUGCUUAAACCUAACAGGACCAAGUGUUGCUGUUGACACUGCAUGCUCGUCUUCAUUAACUGCCCUUAAACUAGCCUGCGAUAACCUUCAUAAUGGAGAUUGUGAUGUAGCGAUCGUUUGUGCACCAAAUGUUCUCCUCAACCACGCUAUGCAGAUGGUAUCGAGUAUGGCCGGCCUCCUAGCACCUGACGGACGUUGCAAAAGUUUUGAUGCCUCUGGUGACGGUUAUGGACGAGGGGAAGGUUUUGCAGCAGUUAUUUUGAAACUUUCAAAUGCAGCCGUGAGUGAUAAAGAUGAUCAAUAUUGUGAAAUCCUUGCUUGUGGUAUGAACAAUGAUGGGCAAAAUGCUGUGCCGAUGACUGCGCCAAGCGCGAAGAUUCAAGCGCAAUUGUCAAGAAUGGUACUAGAACAGUCAGGACUGGCUCCAGAGGAUGUGGACUACUUCGAAGCUCAUGGCACUGGCACUGCAAUUGGAGAUGUAGUGGAGGUCACCUCCAUAGCUGAUACUUACACUAGAGGAACUGGAAUUCUCAAACGAAAGCUAAGAGUUGGAUCUGUAAAAUCAAACCUCAAUCACACCGAAUCAACCUCUGGUCUUGCUGGGCUAAUAAAAGUUGCUCUCAUGAUAAAGAACAAGAGGCUAGUUCCAACUGUUAAUGUGCAUGUUCUGAAUCCCAAGCUGAAAUUGGAAGAGAAGGGCCUUGUUCUUCAACAAACUAGUGAGCCUUGGUGCACAGAAAUAGGAAAACCACGAACGGGGGCGGUAAACUCAUUUGGCUAUGGCGGAUCAAAUGUGCAUGCUAUUCUUCGUGAAGUCACCUUAAUCAACAGCCUGGAAAGAAACAGCAUCAAGCAUUUAAACCAUGUUCUCACUCUCUCAGCACGGUCGAAGGAAGCUCUGCAAAAAAUGGCACGCCACUAUUCUGAAUGGCUUAGGGAUCAUACGAACGACAGAGAUGAAAAUCUGGUUCCUGACUUGUGCUACUCUUUAAAUGAACGCCGCAGUCAGUGUCCCCACCGCCUAGCAGUUGCCUUUAGUUCGACUGCUGAAGCCUCCAAGUCUUUAGCAGACUAUGCUGACGACUCCCCAGGAUGGAAUAAGGCAGUAAUGUAUGGUGAGGUAGACUCCAGUGACUCAAAAAUAGUUUACAUGUUCGGUGGACAGGGUUCACAAUGGUAUGCCAUGGGAAGACAAUUAAUUGAAACAGAAAGAGUUUUUAGAGAGGCUAUUCUGACCGUUAACAAUGAAGUUAAAGCCUUGGGGGUGAGUUGGUCACUCAUGGACGAGCUCUUAGCUCCAGCUGAAGAUAAAUCAAGAGUUUCGGAGAGCCGCAUCGCCCAGCCUGCAACGUUUGCUGUCCAGUAUGCAACCGCACGUUUACUGAUGUCUUGGAGAAUUUUCCCCUCUGCUGUCAUCGGCCACAGUCUGGGAGAGUUUGCAGCAGCCUGUAUUGCUGGGAUUAUAACCGUCAAAGAAGCCGUGGAACUAAUAUUUACUCGCUCUACUUUACAAGAAAACUGCCCAAAUAGUGGUGGUAUGGCUGCCCUGGGAUUGUCCGAGGAAAAUGCUAGGUCGUUACUGAUGGAAUUAAGGUUGAGCGCCACACUUGACGUCGCUGCAGUCAAUGACGGGACAAGCGUUACAGUAUCAGGUGAUUCCCAAUCCAUUGAAGCUCUAGGGGAGCAUGUAAAGAAUGAAUUGAAAGGUGCAUUUUGGCGGGUUCUUGGAACAAAGCGUGCAUUCCAUAGCUCGCAUAUGGAAAUCAUAAAGAAGCCCUUCCAGGCGGCCAUGAAACGUCUCAACUUUAAACCUCAAUUAUCCAAGAUCCCAAUUUACUCAACUGUAAGAGGUGAUCUUCUCUCUGGUGAAAAGUUUGACAAAGACUACUGGUGGCAAAACAUACGCUGCCCUGUCGAGUUUUAUUCCGCAAUUAAGCACCUUUUGAAAGAUGGCCACAAACAGAUAAUUGAGAUCAGUACGCAGCCUAUUCUUGCCCACUACGUCAAACAGAUUGCUCUCCAAGAAGGUCUUAAAGAAGAAGAAAUGCCAGUUGUCGUGACAACUCUUCCCCGAAAGAGAGUACCUGUCCCAGAUCAACAUAAGAGUUUCAUGCAGACGACUGUGCGUAAGUUGUACACACAGGGAUUCCCCAUAGACUGGAAGUGCGUGCAAGAAAAUCCAUCUGCUAAGUUUGUGCGCUCGAUUAGCUAUCCAUGGCAGGAAAAAAACUUCUGGUAUAGGGAACACCCACCCCAGGAGAUUAUUCCUCCUCUAAGCACUGAGAACAUCGCAAAGAAGCCGGCACAUCCAUAUCUAGGCCAAGUGAAAAUGACCGACCCUUAUUCGGGCCUGUUUUGCUGGGAAACUGAGAUAGACCUCCAUCGCUUUUCGAUUCUGAAAGACCAUGCCCUCAUUCAGGGAGGUACGGUGAUGCCAGGAGCUGCUUACCUGGAGAUGGCCUUUGCCAUGCUGAAGGACAAGUUCGUAGGUGUUUCGGGUCUAGAAUUACGUGAUGUGAAGCUCUCUAGUCUCCUCACUUUGCCCGACACACAGGUUCGAUCAUUGAGGUUGCGUCUUAUGAAGAGCGACAGAGUAAACGAAGCUAAGUUCCACAUCACAAGUGUUCAAGAUGAUCAGUCUGAAAUCAACUUAAGUAGUGGAAUGACCUCAAUCGAUCUGAUACACAGACAAGACAAAUUCGAGUAUGAAGCUCCCGAUGGAAUAUCCUCAGCUGUAACUGCCUUGAUGGAUCACAAGGAGAAAAUGCCCAUGGAUCGAUUCAGACAGAUAACCGAGAAUUUUGGUUUCAAAUAUGGGCCCAACUUUUCCAUUAUCAAACAGAUAUGGCAAAGCAACAACGAAGGACUUUGUUUGCUAGAUAUUAGUGAAUCAUCAGAUAUUCAAUCAGACAGUGAAAGGUUUGUUAUCCAUCCUUCAAUUCUAGAUGCUUGUCUUCAGUCCUGCUUUGUUCCACUGGGAACGUCCUCAAUGGAUGACAAAUCAAUUGUCCCGGUAGGCUUUAAAAGCGUCACACUAAGUGGGGUCCCCUCCACCAACCAAAUGUAUUGUCACGUCACCGCGAAAGGCAAUGAGUUUGGAAAAUUUGACGUCAGGCUUCUAAGUCCAUCUGGAAAAGUCUUGCUAACCAUGUCUGAGUUUCGCAUCGCAGAGUUAACAAGCUCACCACGUCAACUUGCUUUCUCCGAACUUGCCUAUGAAGUAAAGUGGAAGGAAGAUAGCCUAGAAGGACAACUCGGAAAUGCCCAAAUCUUAACUUGCAUCGUCCUUAAAGAUUCCUCCAGCUUUUCAGAUUCCCUAGUCACAAGACUUGAGAAAGAAAACGUCAACGUCAUCACAAUUGACCCGCCAAGUGAGAGAUUCUACAACAAAGAAACAGAGGAUUCAAUAAAGGCUGAGUUCUCGAACAUUCUACCAGGCAAUUCGUCCACCCUGAGUAUCGUCAAUUUGUGGCCUAUAGAAACAACUCUUUUACCAGAUAGCUUCGAAGUCAUAGGUCAAGCUGAGCAACUGGCUUUCAGCAGCAGCGUUUUUUUACUACAGCUCCUUCUGGAAAAAGAUUGUUUUGAUUCACGUUUAUUCCUCGUUACUGAGUCCACUCAGACUUUGGAUUCCUGUCACAAGUCUACUUACGCAAGAUCAAUCCCCUGGAGUUCCACAGUUUGGGGUCUUCGAAGAACGGCCAACCUAGAGGAAGUAAAUGUCAGGGUCUCAACUGUUGACCUCUCCAACAGGAUGAACGUGUAUGAAGUAGAUUUGCUGGCUCAUGAAAUUAUCUGUGGCAACAAUGAAAAUGAGGUGGCUUUCAGAGAUGGUAAACGUUUCGUUAAUCGCCUUUUCAGGGCAGACGUGCUUGACAGGAAAACCGUAAAAGACACCAAAAAGAAAUUAGAAGACAGGAAUUCGCUUUGCAUAUCAACAAUGCCUCCAACCGGAAAACUCUGCCUGCGUGACCAGAGUAUCUCUCGACCUUCACCGUCCGAACUCACAUUGGAGGUGCUGCAUUGCUGGAUACCAUCUGAAAACCUGUGUGACAUAACCAAACCAAACGAUUGUGUGUUUGUGUUUGGGAAAGUAACAUAUCCACCUGAGGAGAACAAACACAAUUUCAAAGUUGGAGAUGAAGUGUGUGGAGUCGCUCCCUCAGGACGAAUUUCCCAUUCCAUGUACAUCCAAGCCAAUAACGUAUUUCCUAAACCAAGGUCAUUUACAACGGAACAAGCUACUUGCCUUCCUCCUUGCCUCGCUAUAGCUUUCAAGGCCCUUCAGACAGUGGAACGGAGAAAAGAAAAUGAGAAGAUCCUGAUACAUGAAGCCAACCGUGGCCCUGGGCUUGCAGCUGUUGUGCUUGCAAAAGCAUUGGGUUUCAAAGUAUUCUGUACCGUGUCCGAUAUUUGCGAGGUGUCUGCCAGGGCCACUCUCCUCAAGUUGGGGGCCGAUAGUGUGAUUUCCCAGAGCUCCUAUAGUCUCAAUGAUGAUUCCACUGAGCCGUUCGACGGAGUAGUUUUCUUCUAUCCACCUUCUUCAAAUGCUCUUCUAAAAAGUAGUCGGUGCAUCAGAAGUGGAGGACACGUCGCAAUUUUUAGCAGCUGUUUUCAUGGAGAUGUAGUAUUUCCUGGAAAUACAAACAUUAAAUAUGAGAGGGACGACGUUGCAGAGUUUUUGCUCACUCCUUUAGUCUACAGGAAACUCAGCUCUGAAAGUAUGAAAAUACUAGAAAGCCAAGAAACACUCGAAAAGCUUCAGGCGAUGGAAAUUACUUCCUUGGACCUGGGUUCUUCAAUCAAAGUUGUAAAUGCUUCAAAAUACCAGCAGAAUCGUAGACCACAGUUCGAGUCGUUUCCACCAAUUCUUAUCUAUUCAUUUGGAUCAUUUGAAGAAGAUGCUCUUCUGGGCAUUCCAGUACUUCCACGUGGUUUAGAUGUGUGUGGCCUGAAGAGAAACAGAACGUACUUAAUAGCAGGAGGGAUGAGAGGUUUCGGAUUCGAAGUAGCUUCUUGGAUGGCAGAAAAUGGAGCGAAGUCCGUAGCAGUUAUUGGUCGAUCUAAGCCUUCUGAUGCCAAAUUACAAGAGAUACGACAGCUUGAGAGUAGGACUGGCGCGAAGAUUCAUACCUUUCGGGUUGACAUAUCAAACCCAGACCAAAUGGCUUCACUAGAGGAACAGCUUAACUCUCUUCCAAAUGUGGCGGGAAUCGUUCACACAGCUAUGGUCCUGAGAGACGAAUUCAUCAAAGAUCUGACGUUUGAGAGCUUUAGCGAGGUCAUGGGUCCUAAGAUUAAAGGCUCGUUUCUGCUACACCAAAUGAGCUUAUCAAUGGAUCUAGAUUUUUUCGUGAUGUUUUCAUCCAUGGCCUCAAUCGUUGGCAACAUGGGCCAAUCAUCAUACUCUUCCUGCAAUGCCUUCCAAGAUUCUCUGGCUCACUACCGGAGACAUGUGCUCGGUCUUCCAGGUCUGGCGAUAAACUGGGGACCAAUCAGUGGCGCAGGAGUGAUGGAGCGAGAAUCAGGAAUCGUUAAACUGCUGACCAUGGCGGGAUUGGGUUUUAUAAAUGCCAAAGAAGGAGUUAAACACAUGGCGAAAGUACUGAUGGAAGAUCCAGGUCGCUGUCAGCUCUCCCUGUUUGACGCAGACUGGCCUCGAUUCAUUAAAAGUAAUCCAGGACUAAGGGCGAGUCCUCGUCUCUUGGACAUUACUGCUGAAAUCAGUGGUUCUGACAGCCAGGACGGGUCAACAGAGUCUCUAGCACAGAAGAUUAUUCUUGAGAAAGAUGCAGAAAAGAGAGCGGAGCUCGUAAAUGAGUAUGUAGCCUCCUUGAUCACAGAAUGGACCGGGAUUUCUUCGCCUUCUGAGACCGAUUUAAACAAAAGCUUGUACAGCUAUGGAGCCGACUCCACCGCUUCCCUAACCUUAAAGAUGCAACUUGAAUCAAAUCUGCAGAUCUCUUUUGAGGUUUUCUACUUCAUGCAGCCUGACACUACCCCACUGAAGAUGGCGAAAGAUAUUAUUGUCAAGCUUGCUGGACAAAGCGAUACGCUAGAGGCUGCAAGCCAACAGCCUGAACCUGGGGAGACCCAGGAAAGUGUAUCUCCGCAAACACAGGGAGAUGCGACUGAUUCUGGCAACGUUUCAAGAAAUCAAAUACAAGUUGUGCCCCUGCAUACUCCUGCAGGCGCAGCUGUAAAGUUCUUUUGUAUACAUCCAUCGCAUCGUUAUGCUUUAAGUUUGGUGCCGAUCUCCUCUGGAUUUCAAGGGCAGGACUUAAUAGCCUUUUAUGCCCUUGGUUUUACUGACCCCACAGUCGUCAGUGAAGACUGGGGAAGUGUGCGUGAGCUAGCCACACGUUACGUUCAGUUGAUCGUCAAAGAACAGCGGUGUGGACCUUACUUUCUCGGUGGAUAUUCGUAUGGAGGACUCUUAGCAUAUGAAAUUGCUUCCCUGUUGACAGAGCAAAGUCAAAGGGUGGAGUUUUUGGCCAUGAUAGAUACAUUUCCUUGGUCUCCACUUUCGCGAGUAGUCAGCCCUAGACUGUCCUCCACUCUGGAUGAAAGAACCUUGCAACAGCCUCGGCAUAUUAAGAUUCAGUUUGAUAAAUUUCUCAAGAAACUGGCACUUGAUACUCUAAAGAUGACUUCGGAUGAAUACCAACAGCUGACUUGAGGUCACAAUCAAGACUGGAUCGUAGACGAACUCCAGAGAAGGAGGGUAGAGAAAGGACUAGUUUCUUACAAUCUAAAGACCCUCCUUGAGUCUCUUCAAAAGGACCAAGUUGUUGCCAGUAAAACACACAAUGAAUGGGGACCUCCUGAGAUUCGUUACAGAGGUCCUCUCACUUUUCUUGAAAGUCUGGACAAACGUUUCUCUCCGAAGAUUCGCUCAACCGAAGGCGCCGAGGAAAUAUGGGGCCAUUUGGUGGACGGAGGUACCAUAGUGCUAACUUGUCCUGGUGAUCACUAUUCUUUGAGCGAGGUGCCUCAUGCUCACCUGACAGGAAGUAUGCUAGCAACAGCCCUCGCUUUCAACUACCGCAUGUUGUUUCCAGAAUUUCCCAGACCUGCAGGAACAUUUAGCCAGAGACGAGCCGUGGAAAAACUUAGCAGUGGAGUUAAAGUGUUCCUUCAUUCAAAAGGAGGGAAGAAGAGUCCCCAUUUUGGCGAGUUACUCUUCCAUGAAGGAGCCAACAAACUGGAGCUGAGAUCAGCUUUGGACGAAGGAGAAACAACUGAAAAAGAGAAAAUCAAAAAAGUAAUCGACUUUAAAGACCUUCGCAUGGUGCAGCCUGGAAGACUCGUGUCCAAUGCUUUGAAGUACGCCGGCCGCAGACGUAAAGUUGGAGUUCAUCAGAGUGGUAACCUGGGACGAGUUGCUUCUGUCAUAACUGCUAAACGAGUCUACAACUUGGAAUUCAUCGACUACUGCGAUUUGAAAGCGUUUUUCAACACUUUAGAGACUGUGUUUGCCGUUACAUUAUUAACAACGUAAACGUUUUUCUAUUGGAGUAUCACGCAGCCUUUGCGUUCUAUAGUCUUGAUCAUAAAAUAUUAAACUAAGACAUAGUCAGAAUGAUUCAAGCACCUAAGAAGUUGAUUUAGAUAUCGUGUCAAAUUGGAAGUAGCUUUAGAAACAAAAUUGGAUUCGAAAAUGUCGGCAUAAAUUACCCAAAAUUUGAAUCUACUAGUUAUUAGUAUUUCUUCCAUAUGCAGUACAGUAAGUUCUUUGAGCCAUGUAGUUCCUCUAGACCUGCGCCCAAAAGGAUACUUCCACUUUGCCAAGAGAGGACCAUAGCGUGGUUAUUUUGAAAUAUAUGCAACUUGGCUUCUUCUAGUCUCUGGUUUUUAAGUCCAGUAAUCAUAUCACUUUUAUUUUUUAAGCAUUUGUAUUCUUUAGUUAUCUGAAAUAGGUACAAUAGUAUUGAAGCCGUGUGGAAAUAGUCUGAGGGCCACUUCACUGUGUGUAAGCUAUCUUUAUUUUGCUAUGUUAUGAUUGAUCAUUGUUUACUGCCAUAUUUGCCCAAAAUCACAUGAGAUGAGAGAAAUACAAUUAAAAUCCUUUCUACUUUUAAACUUUUAUUCCGGCCUCCAUUAUAAUGCAGUUUACACAGACAUUAAAGUUUAUUUUGGUAUAGGUACAAAUGUUACAUAUUUAAUUCUUAGUAUUGUUUAAAAAAUACGAAUACAGUUGAACCUGUAGUAAAUGGUCACGCACGUGAAAUAAAGCUUAUUGAUGCAGGU